CUCUGCAAAUCGUUUCCCAAAAAUGGAGAGCGACAGCAACCCAUCUCCAGUCCUCUACGACAUCAUAAUCCUAGGAGCAUCAGGAUUCACCGGCAAAUACGUCGUAAGAGAAGCACUCAAGUUCCACAACUCCCCAUCUUCCCCUCUCAAAUCCUUCGCCGUUGCGGGCCGAAACCAUUCCAAGCUCACCCAAGCCCUGAAAUGGGCCGCCGCCGAGCCCAACUCUCCACCUCCGUCCAUCCCAAUCCUCACCGCCGACACUGCCGACCCUGCUUCCCUUCGCAUGCUCUGCUCCCGGACCAGGCUCAUUCUCAACUGCGUCGGCCCGUUUCGUCUCCACGGCGACCCUGUCGUCUCCGCCUGUGUCGAGGCCGGCUGCGACUACUUGGAUAUCUGCGGGGAGCCGGAGUUUAUGGAGAGGAUGGAAUACAGUUAUCACGACCAAGCGGUUGAGAAUGGUUCGUUGGUUGUUUCGGCUUGUGGGUUCGAUUCGGUCCCGGCUGAGCUGGGUUGGAUGUUUAACUCGAAGCAGUGGGUCUACCCGGCUGUGCCAAACCAGAUUGAGGCUUACCUGAGCUUGGAAUCUGAUAAGAACAUUGUUGCCAACUUCGGGACUUACGAAUCGGCGGUUCUGGGUGUGGCCAACGUGGACAAAUUGAUGGAGUUGAGGAGAUCCAGACCCAGAAGGUCGAAGCCGAAGAUUCCUGGGCCAUACCCUCGUAAAGGGACAACCAUAGAAUACCAGAAGGAGUUUGGUCUUUGGGUCCUAAAGCUUCCAUCGGCUGAUACUGCAGUUGUAAGUAGAACGCUUGCAACAUUGACAAAACACCCUCAAGGUCUUCCGGGGGUUAAAGAGAGUGACAAACAAACUGAAAAGAGGAAGAAAUUUUGGUCGACGACGAAGCCUGCUUAUUUUGGGCUGAAGUUGGGGUCUAAUUGCCUUUGGGGUCUCUUUCAAUUUAUUACUCUUGGCGUCUCUAUUGGCUACUUGGGUAGAAGUUCUAUUGGAAGGUGGCUACUCCUGAACUUCCCAUCAUUUUUCAGCGUUGGAUGGUUCAGCAAGAAGGGUCCUUCGGAGGAUGAGGUCGAGAGCGCUUCCUUCAAGAUGUGGUUCGUCGGACGCGGAUACAGUGACUUGAGCCGAAGGAUGUCGACAGAAGACGGGGACAAGAAGCAAGAGCCAGAUGCAGAAAUCAUAACGAGAGUCAUGGGUCCUGAUCCGGGCUAUUCGACGACUCCUAUCAUCUUGCUGCAAUGUGCUUUGAUUGUUCUUGCUCAACGUAACAACUUACCCAAAGGAGGAGUUCUCACUCCAGGGAUUGUGUUUGGUCCGACUAAUCUCCGAGAGCGUCUCGAGCAUAAUGGGAUUUCUUUUGAUGUCAUCUCAAGAAGAGUUGUCUGCAAGUUCGGUCGUUGCCCAUUUUAAGUAUUCCGGAUAGGUUGACAGUUUGAUGUGUUUGGAGUUUGUUUUGGGUUUUCUAGUUCUUGCGUUUUUUUCCAUCUUUAACAAUUAGCUUUGUGUUUGAUCUACUAGCCGAUUGAGUUUUGAUUAUUAUUUAUAGUAAUCAACUGAUCUUGCGACUUAAAUUGUUUUAUGUAUUUGAUUCUUUUAUAUUGUAUUAAUCACUUUU